UGCGCGCACGCGGCUCCGCCCAGCCCGCUCGGCGCGCCCCCGCAGCUCGGCCCUCCUCCUCCUCCUCCUCCCCGAGCGGCGGCGCGGACGGGGUGGAUCCGGCGCACCGCCCUCCCCCGAGCGGCGGCGGGCACUGAAUGAGAGACGCCGACUGCCCGGCGGUGCGAGCGCUGGCCCGGGCGGCGGUGGCGGCUGUGGCGGCGGCUGCCCGGCCUCGGAGGCGACGGCGGUGCGGAGGAGGCAGGGGAGGUGCGAUGCGGUUGUGGCUUUGGCCAUGAAGCGGCCAGUCCUGCGUUGCUGUCGCCGUAGGGUCGCGGACUGAUGAGGGAGGCAUGGCCCUCAUGAACGGGCAGGCAAGCAGUGUGAACCUCGCGGCUACGGCUUCCGAGAAAAGUAGCAGCUCUGAAUCAUUAAGUGACAAAGGCUCCGAGUUAAAGAAAAGUUUUGAUGCUGUGGUUUUUGAUGUUCUUAAGGUCACCCCAGAAGAGUAUGCGGGUCAGAUAACAUUAAUGGAUGUUCCAGUAUUCAAAGCCAUUCAGCCAGAUGAGCUUUCAAGUUGUGGAUGGAAUAAAAAAGAGAAACACAGUUCCGCACCAAAUGCAGUUGCUUUCACAAGACGAUUUAAUCAUGUGAGCUUUUGGGUGGUCAGAGAGAUUCUUCAUGCCCAGACGUUAAAAAUUAGAGCAGAAGUUUUGAGUCACUAUAUUAAGACUGCAAAGAAGCUGUUUGAGCUGAAUAACCUUCACGCACUUAUGGCGGUGCUCUCUGGCUUGCAGAGUGCUCCGAUCUUCAGGUUGACUAAAACAUGGGCGUUAUUAAGUCGAAAAGACAAAACUACCUUUGACAAAUUGGAAUAUGUAAUGAGUAAAGAAGAUAACUACAGAAGACUCAGAGACUAUAUAAGCAGCUUGAAGAUGACACCUUGCAUCCCCUACUUGGGGAUCUAUUUAUCAGAUUUAACGUACAUCGACUCAGCAUACCCAUCAACUGGCAGCAUUCUAGAAAAUGAGCAAAGAUCAAAUUUAAUGAAUAACAUUCUUCGGAUAAUCUCUGACUUACAACAGUCCUGUGAGUACGACAUUCCCUUGUUGCCUCAUGUUCAGAAAUACCUGAAUUCUGUUCAGUAUAUAGAAGAACUGCAGAAGUUUGUGGAAGACGAUAAUUACAAGCUUUCAUUAAAGAUAGAACCAGGAACAAGCACUCCACGGUCAGCUGCCUCCAGGGAAGAUCUAGUAGGUCCUGACGUGGGAGCAUCACCGCAGAGCGGCAGAAAGAGCAUGGCAGCCGAGGGGGCCCUGCUCCCACAGACGCCCCCGUCCCCACGGAAUCUGAUUGCGCAUGGACACAGGAAGUGCCACAGCUUGGGCUAUAAUUUCAUUCAUAAGAUGAACACCGCAGAAUUUAAGAGUGCAACAUUCCCAAAUGCAGGGCCGAGACAUCUGUUGGACGAUAGCGUCAUGGAGCCCCACGCGCCGUCUCGAGGGCACGCGGAAAGCUCCACUGUUUCCAGCGGAAUAUCAAUCGGUAGCAGCGAUGGUUCUGAGCUAAGUGAGGAGACCUCAUGGCCUGCUUUUGAAAGGAACAGAUUAUACCACUCUCUCGGCCCGGUGACAAGAGUGGCACGAAAUGGUUAUCGAAGCCACCCGAAGGCCAGCAGCUCUGCGGAAUCAGAGGAUUUGGCUGUGCAUUUGUAUCCAGGAGCAGUUACUAUCCAAGGUGUUCUCAGGAGAAAAACUUUGUUAAAAGAAGGCAAAAAACCUACAGUAGCAUCUUGGACAAAGUACUGGGCAGCUCUCUGCGGAACACAGCUCUUCUACUAUGCCGCCAAGUCCCUGAAGGCUACAGAGAGAAAACAUUUCAAGUCAACGUCAAAUAAGAACGUGUCUGUGGUGGGCUGGAUGGUGAUGAUGGCUGACGACCCAGAGCACCCAGACCUCUUCCUGCUCACGGACUCCGAGAGAGGAAAUUCAUACAAGUUUCAAGCUGGGAGCAGGAUGAACGCAAUGUUAUGGUUUAAGCAUUUGAGUGCAGCCUGCCAAAGUAACAAACAACAGGUUCCAACAAACUUGAUGACUUUUGAGUAAAUGCCUGAGACAGCAAAGUGGCACCCUGCCCCUCCGGAGCACUGGGACCCGCGAGCGAGCGCCAGCUGUAUGCCAUCCUGUGCCGGGGAGAGCCCAGGGCUCACUCAGCCUUCCGGAGUUCUGAACCGAAAAAGCACUAAUUUCAGGGAAUGAAGUGUGAUAUUCCCAGAGAACCGAUUGGAAUUAGAAAACAAACUGCCAUGAACCAUGCUUAUCUCUGAACUGACCUGUGGAAACCACUGCCUUAAAAGAAUGAAAGCAAAACCAACAUGACACCAAAUAGUGUGUGUGAAUCUUCUGGCGCUGCUGUGCUUGGAGUAGAUCGUAGCAAAAUU